AACUUUCAGGGAAGAAAACACGUCAGAUUUCCUCUGGAAAUCUGUUUUGCCAGGACAUAGCUGCUGGUGAUUCUGUUGAAGCUGUAAUGCAAACCUGUUCUGGCUUGUUCUCUUCUAAGUGGAAAAGGAGGAGCAGAGAAAGAAUCAUAAUUCUUCCCAAACCAACCAACCAACCAACCAACCCAAUCACUGUAGGAUGAACUUGGCUUUAUUAUUGCAGACAACAUUUCAGUAGCCUCGGUUGAAGGAUGCCAAUGGGAAGAAGUCAAUCCUUCAGCCCUUUUUUGGGAGGUGGAACACUGGAGAAGGAAGUGGAAGACCACGUGGCGUUUUUAAUAACAGUUCCCACUGCCCUGGCAAUUUUCUUUGCGAUAUUCAUCCUCGCCUGCAUCGAGUCUGUGUUUAAGAAGCUGCUCCGCCUCUUCUCUGUGGUCAUCUGGAUCUGUCUUGUGGCCAUGGCCUACCUAUUCAUGUGUUUCGGAGGCACCGUCUCUCCCUGGGACCAGGUGUCCUUCUUCCUCUUCAUCAUCUUCGUGGUCUACACCAUGCUGCCCUUCAACAUGCGAGAUGCCAUCAUCGCCAGCGUGCUCACCUCCUCCUCCCACACCAUUGUGCUGAGCGUCUGCCUGUCUGCGACACCCGGGGCCAAGGAGCACCUGGUCUGGCAGAAAAGAUUUCUGGAAUCUGCAUUUAUUAAGGGAAUCUGGAAUCCCUUAAUAAUAAAGAUCCUGGCCAACGUGAUCAUCUUCAUCUGUGGGAACCUGGCGGGAGCAUACCACAAGCACCUCAUGGAACUUGCUCUGCAGCAAACAUAUCAGGACACGUGCAAUUGCAUCAAGUCCCGGAUCAAAUUGGAGUUUGAAAAACGUCAGCAGGAGCGGCUGCUGCUGUCCCUGCUGCCAGCUCACAUAGCCAUGGAAAUGAAAGCUGAGAUUAUCCAGAGGCUGCAGGGCCCCAAAGCCGGCCAGAUGGAAAACACAAACAACUUUCACAACCUGUACGUCAAGCGCCACACCAACGUCAGUAUCCUCUAUGCUGACAUUGUUGGAUUCACCCGGCUGGCCAGUGACUGCUCCCCAGGAGAACUGGUCCACAUGCUGAAUGAACUUUUUGGGAAGUUUGAUCAAAUUGCAAAGGAGAAUGAAUGUAUGAGAAUAAAAAUUUUAGGAGAUUGCUACUACUGUGUGUCUGGACUCCCAAUAUCACUCCCCAACCAUGCCAAAAAUUGUGUGAAAAUGGGACUGGAUAUGUGUGAAGCCAUAAAGAAAGUGAGAGAUGCUACUGGCGUUGAUAUCAACAUGCGCGUGGGAGUGCACUCCGGGAAUGUCCUCUGCGGCGUGAUUGGCCUGCAGAAGUGGCAGUACGAUGUGUGGUCGCAUGACGUUACCUUGGCCAAUCACAUGGAAGCUGGAGGGGUCCCAGGACGUGUCCAUAUUUCUUCUGUCACCCUGGAGCAUCUGAAUGGAGCUUACAAAGUGGAGGAAGGGGAUGGUGACAUCAGGGACCCAUAUUUAAAGCAGCACCUGGUGAAAACCUACUUUGUAAUCAACCCCAAGGGAGAACGACGGAGUCCCCAGCACCUCUUCAGAACUCGUCACACCCUCGAUGGAGCCAAGAUGAGGGCCUCUGUGCGCAUGACCCGGUACCUGGAGUCCUGGGGGGCGGCCAAGCCCUUUGCACACCUGCACCACAGAGACAGCAUGACCACAGAGAACGGCAAGAUCAGCACCACGGAUGUACCAAUGGGCCAGCACAAUUUUCAAAAUCGCACCUUAAGAACCAAGUCACAAAAGAAACGAUUUGAAGAAGAAUUGAAUGAAAGGAUGAUUCAAGCAAUUGAUGGCAUUAAUGCACAAAAGCAAUGGCUCAAGUCCGAAGACAUUCAGAGAAUCUCAUUGCUUUUCUACAAUAAAAUACUGGAAAAAGAGUACCGAGCCACGGCACUGCCAGCGUUCAAAUAUUACGUGACCUGUGCUUGCCUCAUUUUCUUCUGCAUCUUUAUCGUGCAGAUUCUCGUGUUACCAAAAACCUCCAUCCUCGGGAUCUCCUUUGGAGCUGCGUUCCUCCUGCUUGCCUUUAUCCUUUUUGUCUGCUUUGCUGGACAGCUUUUGCAAUGCAGCAAAAAGGCAUCUGCCUCUCUCCUGUGGCUUUUAAAGUCAUCAGGCAUCAUCGCGAACCGCCCCUGGCCGCGGAUCUCUCUCACGGUCAUCACCACGGCCAUCAUUUUAACCAUGGCCGUGUUCAACAUGUUUUUCCUGAGUGACCCAGAGGAAACAGUCCCUCCAACUACCAAUACAUCAAACACAAGUCUUUCUGCCUCAAAUAAUCAGGCAGCGAUUCUGCGUGCGCAAAGCUUGUUUUUUCUUCCGUACUUUAUAUACAGCUGCAUUCUGGGGCUGAUAUCCUGCUCGGUUUUCCUGCGGGUGAACUACGAGUUGAAGAUGUUGAUCAUGCUGGCGGCGUUGGUGGGCUACAACAUCAUCUUUCUCCACACUCACGCCCAUGUCCUGGACGACUACAGCCAGGUCUUAUUUGAGAGACCAGGCAUUUGGAAAGACCUGAAGACCAUGGGCUCUGUGUCUCUCUUUAUAUUCUUCAUCACACUGCUUGUUCUGGGUAGACAGAAUGAAUAUUACUGUAGGUUAGACUUCUUAUGGAAGAACAAGUUCAAUAAAGAGCGGGAGGAGAUAGAAACCAUGGAGAACCUGAACCGCGUGCUGCUGGAGAACGUGCUUCCGGCGCACGUGGCCGAGCACUUCCUGGCCAGGAGCCUGAAGAACGAGGAGUUAUACCACCAAUCCUAUGAAUGCGUCUGCGUUAUGUUUGCUUCCAUUCCGGAUUUCAAAGAAUUCUACACAGAAUCAGAUGUCAACAAGGAGGGCUUGGAAUGCCUGCGGCUCCUGAAUGAGAUUAUUGCUGACUUUGAUGAUCUGCUGUCCAAGCCAAAAUUCAGUGGAGUUGAAAAGAUCAAGACCAUCGGCAGCACAUAUAUGGCAGCGACAGGUCUGAGCGCUGUGCCCAGCCAGGAGCAUGCCCAGGUACAGACAUGUCAGCCACACAGGGCACACGAGCCCGACAGGCAGUACAUGCACAUCGGCACCAUGGUGGAGUUCGCCUUCGCACUGGUGGCCAAGCUGGACGCCAUCAACAAGCACUCCUUCAAUGACUUCAAGCUGCGAGUGGGUAUGAACCAUGGACCUGUAAUAGCUGGUGUAAUUGGAGCUCAGAAGCCACAGUAUGAUAUCUGGGGCAACACCGUAAACGUGGCCAGUAGGAUGGACAGCACUGGAGUCCUGGACAAAAUACAGGUCACGGAGGAGACGAGCCUCAUCCUGCAGACCCUGGGGUACACGUGCACGUGUCGAGGCAUCAUCAACGUGAAGGGGAAGGGGGACCUGAAGACGUACUUUGUGAACACGGAAAUGUCAAGGUCCCUUUCCCAGAGCAACCUGGCUUCCUGAAGAGCAUCUUCGUUUUGGCAAGAAGAAUAUGUUUUUAGGAAGGUACGAUGCACUUUCUGACUGCAACAUUUGUCCCUCGUUUUUGAUGGCGUGCUCUGUUCUGUCCUCUGGAGCCUCUGCAGACUCGUUCCUGUGACCCGGGGGCACACCGUUUGGGGUGCCAAGAUCGUUCUGCCACUCGCACUGUGCUUACUCCGAAGGAAGAGGAAAAAGAGUGUGUGAUGGAGAAGAGAAAUGCAUUCAAAGAACUAACAUGGAUGAUAGAGGUGAAACAAACAAAAAUUCUUAAGGCAAUAAAACUAGGGGGUGUAUAUUAUCUUCUGGUGCAUGUUCUUUUCUGGAAAAUAUGGUAGCUCGCCAACCGCAUCCGCUAGUCUGAUAUUACAACACACAGUAUUCGUGACUAAGUUGAGUCUGUCAUCCCACAUGGAAUUUGACUGUGUUCACCCACGUGUCUCAUUGCCAGGGUCUGUCCACGGGCGCCGUUGGGAUCCCUGGCUCUGUCCCCUUGCUCUGUUGUGUCGUGCCAGCAGCACGUAGUCAUCCAUCACCAGAAUUAGUUCUCACCACCUAGGACCAGUUUUGUACCAAACGUGUCUGAUGUUUUGAUGCCAUUGUCUUUUGUAAGGUUAAUUCAUUAAAUUUUAUGUACUUUG